AUGAGAUGCAUCUUCUACGAGUUCGUUAUGCGCGAGCCCAUCGUGCAGUGCAAGCAGGGCGACUGCGAGUUCGAUGUGCUCGCGAAGCUCUUUCGGUUAUUGGGCUUUCCGGGCGACGAUUGCUCCAUUUUCGAGAAUUCGCCGUAUCACGGGGCGUUCAAUCACUGCAAGGAGUGCUAUCCCAGACUUCGAGAACUCAUUCCAGCGGCGCCGCUGGUGGGAAUGCGAUAUUUGACGAAUAACGGCGUGGAUUUGAUGUAUCAGCUGCUGGAGUUCGAUCCGAAGAAGAGAAUCAGUGCAGAGGAUGCGUUGAAUCAUCCCUAUUUUAAAGAAAUGCCUAAAAUGAAGCGUCCUGAAGAAAUGCCGGUAUUUGACAAGGUUUGA